AUGGAGGCUGCCAUGAAUUUUGCCAAUCAAAUGGAAGAGACGAUCCUCAAAAACAAUGGGGAGCCUCCUAGAAGUGACGACGUGAUCUGUAUAGUUCUGCCAGAAUCUUUCGAAAACCAUCUCUUAAUCAUUUCCGUGCAUCUGCUCGGCUGUGCCUAUUUGUGCUUGCCUCCAGAUACACCUCCUGAGAGGAUGCAAUACAUACUGGCGGACUGCCAAGCGCAACUUGUUGUCACUGAUCUAAACCUGCCCAAUAUUUCGGUUCCGAUUCUGUACCCACAACUGUCGUUUGAGAAGCGAGCUCAUAGCUGGCCUCGAUCGUGCUCGAUUUCUCUUGCCUACUUAAUUUAUACCUCGGGUACCACUGGCAAGCCCAAAGGCGUUUGUGUGAGUCAUCAAAGCACGCUGAAUAUGCUGAAACAUGCGACGAGACUGUACGGCUUUCGACCGGGCGGACGUGUCUUACAAUUUACGAAAAGCUCAUUCGAUGCGAGUAUCAGCAACACGUUCGGUAGCCUUCUGAACGGAGGCAUCCUCAGCAUUAGGGACGAAAUCGUAGACGCGGUGGAGGAUUUGGUAAAGCGGCAGCCAAUAGCAGUGGUACACAUGACUCCCAUCAUAAUGGAGAUGUUCAGUGAGCAGGACUUGUCCCGACUUUCAGAAGUGGAGCUGUGGAGUUUUGGUGGUGAAACUAUCUCCGAAUCCACCCUGGAGUUUAUGAUUCGCCAGGGGCAGCAACUGGUUCAGCUUUAUGGGCCUACUGAGGCCACCUGUUACCAAACAUCGCUAAAGAUGAAGAGAGGACACAGCGCCACUUGUUUGGGUUUGGCCAUCCCGGGACUGCCGCAUGGUCUCUGCUCAUUCAGCAAUCCGUCGGUCGAGCGGAAGGACCUAAGUAGUCAGGGAUUUAUCGGUAAUCCAUUUCGAACGCUUGAAGAUCGACUUCUACGAAGAAAUCAUAAAGUGUACCUUGUUGGGGACAAGCUACGGCGUGACCAAAAUGGACAUUUGCAUUUUCUUGGGCGAAACGACGAUCAGGUUAAGCUGUCUUCGAGGGCCGACUUCCUAGCCCCUUCAAAGGCGAAGGCAGACCCACGAGAUCAUGUCGAACAACAAGUUCUGAAAAGUUACCGGGAAGUUCUGCAGCAACAAGAAUUGGACAUCAACUCAAACUUUUUCCAAGCAGGUGGGCAUUCGCUGUUGGCCGUUCGUCUGGUGGCCAGACUUGAAAAAUCCUUAGGAUUAUCAGUUCCUAUAGUGAAGAUCUUCGAAUACCCACAUGUGAAAGAUUUGGCGAAUUGGAUCAAAGGCAUUCGGAAAACUUCCACUGAAGUAGAUGCAGAAGAGAAGACAAAGGAAGAGAAGUGCAUACAAAUUGAUGAAGAACCAUCACCCCUGCAAAUCACCCUUCUUCGCUCCUUCAGACAUCCAAAGGCGCGAGCUCUCUAUGACCUCUCACUCAGCGUCGUUCUGAAGAAGGCAAUCAGUGCGAGCAAGUGUGUAGAGAUUGUCAACCAGCUGAUAAUGAUCCAUUCUUCUCUUCGAACGCGGUUCGCCAGAAAUGGCAGAAGCUAUACAAGAGAAGUUCUUUCAGGAACUGAGUGCUUCCAAAAUCUGGAUGCCAAAGCGGACCUUAUCCUUGACCCUUUCGAAAAACCUCCCUUCCUAGUUUGUCUUGAUGCAGAUCGCAUUUGUGUUGCUGCAAACCACAUAAUUAUUGAUGGACACUCAAUGCAGAUCAUUGUAGCGAAUUUGGCUCAACUACUGAACCAGCAAAAGGUUCCAAUGGACGAAGGUUUCAUGUUUCAUUCGUGGUUGCUGCAGCAGUUCCGACAAUGCGAGCAAGAUGAUCUACAGUACUGGAAAGGAAAGUUGAAAGGCUAU